ACCUAAUUAACAUAUGUCUGUUGUUGUGAAGAAUCCCUUUUCUAAAAAGGCAUAAUAUAGGUUAAAAUUUGAGUGUCAUUUCAUUAUUUUACCCUCAAAAGUUUCCCUAUUUUACACAGAAUUGGGCAAGACCGAGUUUUAUACUAGUUUGCAGUGAAAAACUUUUGUAUUUCACUAUUUGCCUGAUAUGCCGGUACUUCCCUACCGAUACUGGUCUAGACCAGUUAACAUCAGAAUACACAAUAAAAAAAGAAUUUGGUGUACAUAUUGUUAUUCACACGAAUGACAACCAAACCAUUGACACGGAUACUAACUCCUUUAACAACUAAAAGAAGAGUAAAGAUGGCCCAGGCAAAUACCAGACUACUUAAGCUAUGGCCACAUAAUACAUUAUGCCAAUGUUAUCAACAAAGCUCCUGGCCAGCGCUAUUAUCAUAUCAUAGAAAUUCUCACAGACACCUUAGUACAGUCUCAAACAAACCAGUUCAACUAUACAACCAGAAAUCCUACCCAAGCAUUAGUGUGAUUCCUAAACACUUUUACAGUGGAAUAAAUUUAUCUACACGAGCAGACCUCCUAGACGCCAAGAGAGUGAUAAUCAAAUUAGGUAGUGCUGUAAUCACCAGAGAAGAUGAAUGUGGACUAUCAUUGGGACGAUUGGCCUGUAUAAUAGAACAGGUAGCUGAGUUACAGAAUCAAGGGAAGGAAAUGAUGAUGGUAACAAGUGGGGCUAUAGCUUUUGGUAAACAGAAACUACAACAGGAAAUCAUCAUGUCCAUGAGCAUGAGACAGACUCUCACGUCAGCUGACAAAAAUAAGCAUGGUUUAUUUAUUGCCCCAAGAGCUUGUGCAGCAGUUGGACAGAGUGGUUUAAUGUCACUUUAUGAAGCCAUGUUUAUGCAGUAUGGUGUCAAGGCUGCACAGGUACUGAUUACCAAGCCAGACAUAGAUGACCCAGAAAGCUGUAGAAAUUUGUGUGGAACAUUGAAUGAGCUGUGUAGACUGAAGAUUAUACCUAUUCUAAACACAAAUGAUGCAGUGGCGCCACCACCAGCCCCUGAUAAAGAUCUUAAAGGGGUAAUUAGUCUGAAAGAUAAUGACAGUUUGUCUGCUAGACUGGCCAGAGAAGUCCGAGCUGAUCUUAUGGUCCUGAUGACUGAUGUCAAUGGUAUAUAUACCGGACCACCAGGACAGAUUGGGUCCAGACUUCUCCACACCUAUAGUCCAGAUGAUAGGACUAAAGUUACAUUUGGUGCAAAGUCCAGAGUAGGACUUGGUGGAAUGGAGUCUAAGGUUAAGGCAGCUGAGUGGGCCUUAGAUAAUGGUGUUGCCACUGUAAUUUGUAAUGGUAACCAGGAUCAUGCCAUCAGAGAUAUAUUUGCUGCAAAGAAAAUUGGCACCUUUUUUACUAAGACAGAGAGUUCUGCUCCCGUAGAAGUUCAGGCUAUACAUGCCAGAGAAGGAAGUAGAGCAUUACAAGCUUUGACUGGUGAACAGAGAGCUGUUAUAAUAAACAAAUUAGCUGAUUUAUUACUGACAAGACAGACAGAUAUAUUGAAUGCCAAUCAGAUAGAUGUAGAUAAAGCUUAUACUGAUGGAGUAGACGAUGUGUUAAUAUCAAGACUUGUGUUAAAUGAAAAGAAGCUGAAGACAUUACAUACAGGACUGAAACAGAUAGCUAAAACCUGUGAUUCUAUUGUUGGCAGAGUAACCAGAAGAACUCAAGUAGCUGAGGGUUUAGAACUUUGUCAGGUUACUGCACCAAUAGGUGUACUGAUGGUCAUAUUUGAAUCUCGUCCAGAUGCACUCCCACAGGUUGCUGCUCUGGCUAUUAGUAGUGCUAAUGGUUUGUUACUAAAAGGAGGAAAGGAAGCAUCUAACAGUAAUAAAUUAUUACAUGAAUUGGUGGAAGAGGCAUUAGAACCUUUUGUUCCUAAAGAAACAGUAGCUCUGGUGAGCAGGAAAGAAGACAUAGAAGAUUUAUUACAGAUGACAAACUACAUAGACCUUGUGAUACCCAGGGGAUCUAGUGAUAUGAUAGCUAAGAUCCAGGCUGCCAGUAAAGGGAUACCAGUCCUUGGCCACAGUGAAGGGGUCUGUCAUGUCUAUAUAGAUAAAGAAGCCAAUCACGACAUGGCACUAAAGAUCGUGAGAGAUUCUAAGUGUGACUAUCCUUCCGCAUGUAAUGCAGUAGAAACCGUCCUAGUCAACAAACAUCUACUAAAGUCAACUUUCUUUGAGACACUUUUAGACAUGUUAAAGAGCGAAGGGGUGAAGAUAUAUGCUGGACCUAGAAUGGCCAGUGUUUUAAAGUUUGGACCACCACCUGCUGUUUCCUUACAUAAAGAAUACGGAGGAUUAGAAUUGACCAUGGAAAUCGUAGAAAAUACCACCGAAGCUGUCAACCAUAUAAAUAAAUACAGCAGUUCACACACAGAUGUUAUAAUUACUGAUAAUGAACACUAUGCUAGUGAGUUUUUGAAAGGUGUAGACAGUGCCUGUGUAUUUCACAAUGCCAGUACAAGAUUUGCUGAUGGUUACAGAUUUGGUCUAGGAGCAGAGGUAGGCAUCAGUACAACAAGGAUCCAUGCUAGGGGACCAGUAGGAGUUGAAGGGUUACUAACAUCCAAAUGGCUUUUACAAGGACAUGGACAAGCAGCUGCAGAUUUUGCUGACGGACAGGAGCAAUUUAUACACAAAAGUUUACCAUUAGACUACAGUGACAAAGUGUUAAACAGUUCAGACGUUGACAAUUCUACUGAAGGACAGCAAUAAAAUUAGUCUUAAAAUAAAAAUAGAGACCAAUAAUAAUGUUUAAUUUUUUGUUUUAAAUGAUUAUAAAUGAGUCAUAUUGUAAACUUUUGAAUUAAAAAUUUAACCUGUUGAUUGAUCAUAAAUGCCAAUUUCUCAGGUAAUUGAGAUUGUCAUGUUUCACUUAUUAACAUUUUGAUUUAUAUUUGGCCAAAGAAACUAAUUGCAAGUUACCUAAAUGUACAAAAAUUUACAAAAAAUUGUUUUAGUAGCUAUUUCUUGUUGACUUAAUAUGAUGUCAUAGCUGAAAGCCAAAAAUUUCACAAAUCUUUUUCAGACUAAAAUAUAUAGCACAAGUGUAGCCCAAACUUUUGUUUGCCACUAAUAAGAUCAUGCCAAUAUACUUAUUAUUUUCAUCUUAAUGUGAGUCAUAUUAAUGUAUUGUAAAUAAUAUUGCACUUCAUUAUAUAACUUGUCAUUUCAUUUGUUAAAUCAGGAAUUUUUUUUAAAUGGUUUAUUUUUGGACAAAAUUGGUCUCACUUUGUUCCCCUUCCUUUUACUUCAUUUCAUGAUAAACACAGGAAAAUGGAUUUAAAAUCUAGGAAAUUGUAAACUCUGUAUUAGUCACAUGUGUUAGUAAUUUCAUUUUACAAAAUCGAGGGUUAUUAAUAAAAUGAAA